UGCUAUGAAGCAACUAGAUAUGUUUGAUAUUCUGUAGAGCUGGUAAUGAUAGUACCCUGAGUAACCAUGGUAACUAAAUGAUACUCUCAAUAUGUACCGUACUUAUAACUUCAGGCCAGCUUCCCCACCAGCACCUUGUCUUGUAAUGCCCGGUGCUAUAGCUAAAGGCCUCUCUCCCAUCAAAUUGAAGCCUCCUUCUAAGCAGUCUUUUGAAAACAGUGUGGUGUUAAGAAGAGUACAGCCCCGUUCUAAGAGGCAAGCAAAGAACAACAACAACACUAACAGUGAGGACCACAACAAGAAGACCGGCUUCAAGGAAUACACCUUCAUUUUACCAUCAGUGAGAAACCACAACCAAUGCAUCAUCACCCCUAUCCAGCUGCUAAACAGAGACAUCUCACCCUCCAAACCCCCCUCCUCACACCACAUACCCCACUCCUCACACACUACACAACACACAGAGGGGGAGUGGGACAGGGAGGUGGUGUUGAGGGUGCCCUCUAGAGCUUAUAUUUACAAUCUCUCUCCCACAGUUACCUCUCUUAACAAUGUGAACUCUGUCGACUACAACUUCAACCAUUUCACCUUCAAGUACAGCGACACAGACUCAGACUACCUCCCUCCGUACAGUGAAGAUAGCACAGGUGUAAUGUUAGGACUCCAGCCUGGCAGCCCCGACCCUACGUACAGUAACCAUGGCAACACUGUGUUACCAUACACUCACAAUCAUCCUGGAGGGGGGUUCUCUCACAAUCAUACUCAUCACAUUGAAGAGGAUAACAAGACCACAGACCACUACUCACACUGGUGCGACAGUAAAUCCUGCUCAAGUCGGAUUAGUUCUGGAAAUCUAAAGGAUAAUAUGUUGGGUAACAUAGAUGUACCUAAUUUGUACACCACUGUUACUCCUAAAUCCUUCCUUCCUCCCUCUCCUCUCCGAUCGAAACAGUUUGUUAUGCCUCUCAAGCUGCACCAGCUGGAACCCCAACAGAAGAAGCCACCAGCCACCAGCUCUGAUUUGACUGUGACGUUUGUUCACCGCAAGAUGAGUGACUCUAGUGGUAAUGGCAAGCUGUCCUGCAACAGAAACGGAGCGACCUCUAAACAAAGCAAGAACUCAGCCAACUCCUCCAAACAGACGAGCAAACAACCGGACCCAACCCCCUCACAACCAGGCUACCCGGACCCUCUAGACCACGCUCCUAUCGCGUUUAUCAACAGACUUGCUGAGAUGACCAGCCACCAGGCGGACACUGUCCGGUUCGAGCGGAAUAAACGCGGCAAAACGAGAACUAGGAUUAGUUGAUGUAUACUUCCUGUUAGGGUUUCUCUGUUUAUUUCACUGAGGGUGAUCUGUGUGUGUUUCUCCGGGUGAUGGGUGUUAGUCACCAGGGUGAUGCGUGUUAGUUACCAGCGUAAUGGGUGUUAUUAAUUCAGUAACCAUGGUGAUGGGUGUUACUAAUUCAUAUUAUUUAGGAUUCAAUGAAAGGAAUAUUUGUAUGAAUCAAGGCUAUCCAGGACUUCUUCCGUGAUCAAAGAGCCAAAAGAGCGGAUUCUUCCUUGUUGAUUGGCGUAUCGGUAUACUAAAUAACAAUUGUCACAUCAUGGAAUUUAAAUUGAGACGAUGAACGACCUUGGUCGCCAGAUACUACCUACGGUACUACUGUUUUUAAUGACCUUGGUUCACUUUAUUCCCCGGAAUUAGUGUGGAAACUAACGAACUGAGAGGCAAUUCAAAAGAAAACGACGGUUUAAGUCAGAACUGAGGGGUUAAGCGGUCAUUUUAGUUUGACAACACCAGUAAACAGUAUUAUAUAUGAGGUCACUAAAUUUGAUAAACGUUUGUUGAAUUUCUGAGCAUUUACAGUAUCUAUUAUAAACGCCACUAAGAAGUGUAAUCUCACUUUUACAAUAUACCUAUAUUUAAGAACUUAAAUAUUUCUGUUUAUGUUAAGUUAAAAUCGGGGCUUUUUAAUUCCGAGCUGAUUAUCGUCACGCGGCUACGUGUAAAUUAUUUAUACCGUUAUUUCAGUUGUAAAUAUACUUUCCAAUUCAUAAAGUUAUUUAUAAUUUA